AGCAGAGACAUCCCUGCUCUCCAAACCUCUUAGCUCAGAUCCCCCCAGCUGGGUGGCAGAGAGCAAGGACAGUGGUGGGCUCUCAGGGCUUCCCACCAGCCUGGGCAAGCUGGGGAAGGAGAGAGCUGUGCUCCUAAGGAGGGGGCCAAACCCCAUCGCUAGGGGCUGUCCUGCACCAGCACGGCCUGCUUACAGGGACAAUAAAAUAACGGGGCACCACAAAUGGGUGCCCCCAGCGCGUGGUGCCCAGCUGGCGAGUGCCUCCCAGUGCCAGCAGGGUUAGCUAGAGCCGUGCCGGCUGAGCAGCCCGGCUUCGUGGGCUUCAUCCCGCAGUUAAAGUCCUGCUGGGAGCCCACGGGGGAGCUGGAGGGGGCAGUUUUCCGGCAGCCUGCUAGGGAGCAGGAACCAGACGGAUUUGGGGGGACUGGUGUGAGGGCAAAGUGACCGCCACGUGGGAAAAGCAGGGGAAGGAGUUCCCACACCACAGGGACUUCUCUCCAGCCCUCUUUUCCCCAUCCCAUGCAGGGAGGUGCAGGUGAACAUCCCCCUGCCCUUGCCAAUGACCCCCUUGGACCAAAAUCCUCUUUUUUUUUUUUUUUUUCCCCCUCCCUGCGUGGCACAGGCUGAACAGUGCUCACCAAGCCCAGUGGCAAACUGUGGCCAUCUCCUGCCCCAGUGACUCAUGCCCAGGUGACAUCUGGCAGGUGACAGGGCACUGCUCCUGCCUUGCCCUCCUCCUUCAGCCCAUGCUGGUGCUGAGUCGAAGGAGCACUCGGGGCUCACCGCCAGCCUGAGCUCCCCGCUGGGGCUGUGGGGGUUUAGAUGCCACUAACGUGCCCGAGGGGACGCCCCAGCAUGGCGCAGGCAAGGCAAAGCCGGGCUCUCAUCAUCGUCAACACCGAUUUCUGCAGCAGUGCCAGCGAUGAGGCGCUCGGGGCCCGGAGAGGAGCCAAGAGGGAAGCAGAGAAGCUUUCGAACGCGCUCUCAGAACUCAACUACGAGGUGAAGCUGAUGCACAACAGGACGGCCAAAGAGAUGGAAGACCUUUACCAGCAAGAGUGCAGCUGCGAGCAUGGGGAUUUCUUCGUGAGCAUCAUCUCCAGCCACGGGGAGGAGGGGGCCGUAUUCGGCUCUGACUGCAAGCCUCUUAAGCUGACCCGGAUCUUCCGGAUUUUGUCACCGCAGAAUUGCCCGGUGCUCGCUGAAAGACCUAAAGUCUUCUUUAUCCAGGCCUGCCGGGGGGGCACGCUGGACCAGGGGGUGUUUUUGGAGACUGACGGCGGGCAGCCGGAGCCAUGCAGCUUCUCGGAGUACCUCCGCAUCCCUCCCAACACCGCCGUCAUGUUUGCCUGCAGCCCGGGCUACGGGGCCUUCCUGAACCCCUCGGGAUCCAGUUUCCUGCAGGCGCUGCUCAGGGCGCUGGACGGGGAGGAGCGGAGCCUGGCCCUCAGCCGCCUGGCCACCCGGCUUAACGGAGACGUGGCCCUUCACUUCCAGGCUCGGGGCACCUACGAGGGCUGCAAGCAGAUGCCCUGCUUCGUCACCAACCUGCCAUGGGAGGUCUUCCCCUUCUCGGCCAUGUCCGAGAGCCACUGGCUCCUUCCCAGCCUGGCUGCGCAGGGAGGGCCGGAGGAGGAAGAGCGGCGGCCUGGCUGCAAGAAGUCCCUGGCUACAUAG